AAAGUCCUUAUUUUCUCUUCUCCUGGAGAGAGGCAUGGCUCGGUCGGUGCUGAAGCCUGCAGCCCGUCUGGUCGCCAGAGUUCUUGCACCGAAGGACCUUCCCACUCACCUUCCCUCUGGGGCAAUGUGAGGCCAGUUAGAAACCCCAGGCUCCCGAGGGAGCCAGGUAGCAUCCCAUUUUCCUCCCUUGGGGCCCCCUGCGGGCAGCCCAGGGCUCUGCAUGGUUAGGACUGGAUUACAAGAAGUUCGGGGACGGCUGCUGCUCAGAUUCGGACUCCUGAGGAGCCGCCCCAACCCCAGGCUCGGAUUCCACUCCCGUGACGGUCGAGACGCCUUGCUAGUGUCCUCUCAUCGGGAACUGGAUCAUUCACAGCGAUUAUGAGUCACAAAGCCGUAGGGCCUUGGGGUGAGCACCACGGGGUGGGGUGGGGGGGUCAGGGCCCCCCACCCCACCCCGAGGCAGGGUGACGCCCGCGGUCACUUCACAAGGCAGAAAUUGUUACCUGGGCAAUAAAAGGCACCGCAGAGGCGGAGGCCGGGGAGUGGGCACAUGGGGGUGCGGGUGUGCAGGUGCCAAGCGCCAUGGGUUAGGCCCGAGAUCGGAGUCCGGCCGCCCCCCGACAGCAGCCGCCUCCUGCUCCCCACGCGCCCCAGGCGCCACCAUGUCGGGCGACAAGCUUCUGAGCGAACUCGGCUAUAAGCUGGGCCGCACGAUAGGAGAGGGCAGUUACUCCAAGGUAAAGGUGGCUACGUCCAAGAAAUACAAGGGCACAGUGGCCAUCAAGGUGGUGGACCGGCGGCGCGCACCGCCCGACUUUGUUAACAAGUUCCUGCCACGCGAGCUGUCCAUCCUAAGGGGCGUGCGGCACCCACACAUCGUGCACGUCUUCGAAUUCAUCGAGGUGUGCAACGGGAAGUUGUACAUCGUGAUGGAGGCGGCCGCCACCGACCUACUGCAGGCAGUGCAGCGAAACGGGCGCAUCCCCGGGGGGCAGGCUCGCGACCUCUUCGCGCAGAUCGCCGGUGCCGUGCGCUACCUACACGACCACCACCUGGUGCACCGCGACCUCAAGUGCGAAAACGUGCUGCUGAGCCCUGAUGAGCGCCGCGUCAAGCUCACCGACUUCGGUUUCGGCCGUCAGGCUCACGGAUACCCCGAUCUGAGCACCACCUACUGCGGCUCUGCCGCCUACGCGUCGCCCGAGGUACUGCUGGGCAUCCCCUACGACCCCAAGAAGUACGACGUGUGGAGUCUGGGCGUCGUGCUCUACGUCAUGGUCACCGGCUGUAUGCCCUUCGACGACUCGGACAUCGCCGGCCUGCCCCGACGCCAGAAGCGCGGCGUUCUCUACCCCGACGGCCUCGAGCUGUCCGAGCGCUGCAAAGCACUGAUAGCCGAAUUGCUGCAGUUCAGUCCGUCGGCCAGGCCCUCCGCGGGCCAAGUAGCGCGCAAUGGCUGGCUGCGUGCGGGGGACUCCGGCUAGAAGCCGGGGUUCCCACCGUUCCCGCCGCCCCGAGCAUUGCGCAAGAGCAGGGCACGCGCAAGAAGCGCGCUUCCGUAGUUCCGCGAAGCCGCCGCGCGCCGCUGUGCACGCGCCCUUCCCCCUUCCCUACUUCGACGCCGGGGGCCGCGGUCGCCCCUGUUUGGAAUUCAACUACUCCAACACGAUCCCAAGAGCAGGAGGGCGCAUGCGCUCCCUCGGUUCCCGGCGAGAAGGCCCCAGGAGGGGGCCAGAUGAGAGGAGACAGAAACGUUGCGCCGGUGCAGGGUGAGCGACCGCUACGCGGUGGGCGGUGGCUGCUUGGAGAAGCUGCUGGCGAGCGGACGCGCGCGGAGGACGUCCAUCCACAGCCAGCCUCGCGUACCGGUGAGGGAAGGCGCGCUCCAGGCGCUGCCCUCCUUGGAACUUGCAAUAAACUCGCUCUUUCUCGCA